AUGAACGCACUACUCAAUGAAUUCCCAUCUUCCCGCUUCACCAUCCUGGCUUUCCCCUGUAACCAGUUCGGCCAUCAGGAGCCAGGCAAGAACGGGACCGAGAUCUUGAACGGGCUCAAGUAUGUACGGCCUGGUCAUGGAUUCCAGCCUCACCCCAACAUGCACAUGCUGCAGAAGACAGCCGUUAAUGGAGAUCUGCAGCAUGGGCUGUACGGGUAUCUGAAGGCAUUCUGCCCACAGCCAAGCACUGCCCAGUUCAAUCCCCGAGAGAGUUUCUGGGAGCCCAUUCAAGUCAAUGACAUUACAUGGAACUUCGAGAAAUUCAUCAUUUCCCCAAGUGGAGUACCCCUGUAUCGUUUCCGGCCAAAGGUUGAGCCAUUUGACCUGAAGGAUCUAAUGAAGUUGCUCAUGGCUCCAUUGAAUAACCUCAAUGCCCAAACACAGGAGAUAAAGCUGCUUCUUAGCAGUUUAGAUAAUGUUUUGAUUAAGAGAGAUAAACAAUAA